AUGCAUCGCUACACUUCCAGGGUGUUCGGGAACAAAACCAACCUGGUUGCAGAGCAACCUGAGCAAGACAGUGGAUUCUCGGCAGCAACUUUAUCUGUGAGAGCACAAAAGAAGAUCGCCAGUAAGCUGAGCACCAGGAAAACUACAAAGUUCUUCCUCAGUGAUGCAGUUGUUCGGGUAUUCGAUAGUUUUUACAAAGUUCUUCGGACAUAUUAUCCUAAAAAAGACUCAGAGAAGGUCGUGAAGAACAUAAUCAAACUGGCUGUUAAAAUGGCGCUAUUAGCGAGAAACGAUUUACUGUCGGAGGCGGACGUCGUCCGGUUAAUGAACGUUCAAAAACAGCUUCACAAUCUUACGUUGACAAUUAUUUCCUUUGUGCAGGUGCGGUACUCGUUUGAGCGGUCCUAUUUGAUCGAUUUGCUUAAGAAAAUGCAGUCUUCACUCACACCAUUGGUCUCGUUAAAAUUGUCAGAUAAAUCCACUCGACGAUUAGAGCAUGUUAUUGCGCAUUUAACUAACAUCGGAUUUCUCGAUAUCGUAUUCAAGGUUGAUGGACCACAUGCAGAAGUGUUAGCCGAAUUUAUCAGCGGAUUGGAAGACCUCGUCGAAAACAAGGAUUUAUAG